UUAGCAUUCAGUUGGUGAAUUAACUUUACACUAGUUGCUCGUUCCUGUUGCUAAAUCCAAGAAUAUGAAGAGACUCGCACUCUUUGUUCUAGCUCUCGCAGCUGCCGUAAAUGCAGAUUAUGAUGCAGAUUUAGAUGUAAAGGACGUAAAUGAUUUAGCGGGUAGAUUCGAAACCGACGUGGCAACAAUAAAAGGAUGUUUGGACGAAGCUGGGACAACCAUAGUGGAAUUAGUUGAAGCAAGGAAAAAGUGGAAGAAUAUGCAAGAUACUGAUGAAAUUGAUGAAGAAACCAAAGCAGUUUUCCUGAAGCACAAUACCUUCAUAGCGUGCAUGUUGGAAAAGAAAGAAAUGAUGAAGGACUCGAAAUUAGUUCUCGACAAGAUACUGGAAGUGCUUCAGAAUGAUAAGGAUUUGAAAAACCCUCCAACUAAAGAAGUUCUGACAGAAUGCGUGACUACAUUAAACGAAAACAGUGAAAUGUCUCGAGAAGACAGGGCAGUCGGACUGGUGCUUUGCGUCUCCUCCGAAGAAGACGAAAGAUAAAAAAAACAGGAGAAAAUUCGUACAAUCUACGGGAUAACCAGACCGGACCGCCAAUCGUGAUAUUUCCAUAUAUUAGUGGUAGCAUUUUGCAAGAGAAUCUUUUCUGUCAUCGGGGUUUAAGUAAAAUAAAAUGAUGUCUCUGUAGAUUUAUAAUAUAUCUUAUUGUUGAUAUAUUCAACAAUUAUAUAUUGCUGAUAUUAAAUAAAAGACUAGUUAUAUAUUUCAUAACUAAUUCACGUAGCCUAUAACACUGUAAUACAUAAUAAUAAAAGUAGCACACUAUAU